AUGCGUAUUUCACAAAUGAGAGAUUGUUUUCUUUUGAUGCCAUCUGGGGAAUUCAUCUUAGUUAGGUAUAUGAAUGGCUUACAACUGCUGGGGUUUUGCUUCGCAUUUUUCGGACUUGCCAGUACCUUCUUAGGCUUACUAGAUGUCCUUUUAAUCCCGUUAUAUUCCCGAGACAAUAAAAAUUAUCCGUUUGAGUUCAGCUUAGCAAAUGCCUAUGGUCUCCCCAUUCUUACUGGCGUUCUAAUUGUAUCUACUGGAGCUAUGGCUCUGCGCACAGUAAUCAGUGAACGUUUUACUUCUCUACGACGAUUUUACAUAUCACUGUGGUUAAUAUUACUUCUAACUGUUGUCUAUUGGUGCUGCCUUAUAGCUGCUAUUUCUUGUGGAUAUUUUUCAUCCAAUACGUCGUACGAUAUUUCCAAUUCACAUUUGGUCACGAGAGUUUUUACAGCUGUGAAUUCUGGUCUUUCACUUAUCCCCUGCUUUACUGGCCUAGUUUUGUACAGUCGUCCUGUUCUUAGUAGACAUGGAGAAGUGUUUUGUUGCAACUCCUUAUUCCAACGAUUACGGAGCUAUGUGCCUUACAGACAACUUUCAACAAAUCAAACUCGAACAAGUAGUACUGAUUCGGUAUCUGCAUGA